AGGGAAUAUUGCACUACACUUUUAUGAUACAGAUACAUUUUGCAUUCGGUAGCAUAGCACAGCUGUAGUUUUUUCAAAUGCCAAAUGUACAUGUAGCAUGCUUCUGCCUACAUAUGCUUUUCUGAGUGACUUGUGUUGUGAGAGAACCAGAAUUCAAACAUAAACUCCUGGAUUACAUUUUAUAAUAUUGUUAGCUCUUUUUAGUAACAUAUGGUAGCAUACAUGUUUCACACGGUGGCAAGUCAAGCUAGUUAGUUACAUGUAACAACAUUACAUUAUAUGGUCAAUGUUUGUGUGUAUCCUCUUAGCUUUUACCUUCGACAUCAACAAGCCGCGCACGGGCUGGUCCUGCAGACUCCCACGCCCAUGGCCCAGGAGAAGGCAGGGGGCCACCUGCUCACUCACGUCCCAGCCAUCUCCUUUGAGACCGACUCUACUGUGGAGUGCACCUCCAAGAGGACUCCGGAAGAGAGGGACCGGGUGAAGGUUAAACUGGCCAACAUGGCCUUGAUGGGAAGGAUCAAAAAGUCUUGGCUGUGAAAUGCCCAUUAUGGUUGAUUAUCAAAUUUAUCAUUUUCCACUUUUGAAACAACAAUGGGAAAGACAGGGUUUAUAGCAAAGGUUGCUCAGAUUGGGCUUUUGGAAAAAUUGAGAGAAUGAAAGUGCACUCCUGAUUCAGAGAGAAAGAUCCAGCUUAAUCAUCCAUACCAUUGUUUAAAUUACAAUUUAAAAAACAUUCAAACUGUUCCUGAGUUUCGAAAGACAGAGAAAGGAAAACAUCCUUAUCUUCAGGCUGUUCACACCUGUUCACACAAGUCCUACUGUCCACAAUCUCAGGGUUCUUCAAUACAAACACACCUGUUUCAGAAAACCUGAUCACUUUCACAUUCGAACAAUGUUUGUAGGAUACUUUUCAAUAACUCAAUAAAUGUAAGUGUUGAAACCAUACAUAGCUGGUAACUUGAGCUCGACAGAGUACUUGAGCUCGGCAGAGUAGUUUUGACCUGUGUCCAGGUCAGUAUUGGAAUAGUGACUUGUAUUUUGCAUCUAGAAGUGUAAGAAUUUUAGAAGAAUGCUAUUUCAUCAGUCAAAUGUUGCACUGUUUGAUAAGACAGGGCAAAGAAAACCUCAAUUUUCAUGAGUUUAGUUGUGAGUUUGACAUUUUACCACAAGAAGUCACUAUAAUACUAUACGUUAUCAAACAGGGUUGUGCUGAAAAUCAAAUGAACCACAGCCAAAUUAAUUAUUUGCAACUAAGAGUAAGAUUAAAAAAGACAUGUAUAACUUACUUUCUUGAUAAAAUACAUUGUAAAAUGUAAAUAUAUGUGAUUUCUGAGUAUGUAGUGCACAUAUCUUUUUAAGGCCCAAAGCAGACGUUUUUAUAUCAAUAUCAAAUCAUUUCUGGGUAACAAUUAAGUACCUUACUGUAAUAGAUUACGAUGAAAAUGGUCAAAUAACUUUCUCAAGCAAUAAUUUUGCUAGGACUAUCUGGGAGUGGUCAGUGUGGAGGGGAAAUUAAAACUAGCUGUUAUUGGCACUCUCUUUGUCGUUGGUCUAUAAACCAAUUUACACAUGGUGAUGUCGCCAUGGAAAGCCAAAACUCUCGCCCAUGCAAACCUGCUGAUUAGAAGGUGCUGUAUAGAUGUGAGAAACUCUCUUUUCAUAUGGCACUUCAAUAUCGAAGUGAAUUUUUCGUAGCAGGUUAGGAAACUGAGGUUAAGGUUAGGAAAAGGGUUAGGGUUAGUGAAAAUGCUCUCCAAACCUUCUACGAAAAUGACUUUGCAUUGAAGUGCUGUGAAAAGAAUGUGUCCCUGCUCAGGUGUUGCAUGCAUCAACCAAUGGUUGUGUGCCAAGUCAUCCAUUGUGUCAUCGACUGACAGAUUGCUAUAACAUAUGAUGUGGUUAGCUGACACACAAAAUACCUAUCCAGGCAGUGUAAGAUCUGGCAAAUGUCAGCAAGGCCUGGGCAGAGGAACAUGCUCCGUAUUUUCAACCAGAACUAUCAGGAAGCAACCCCGAUCACAUUUUUGUAAAACACAUUUACAGUUUUAGUUUCAUCAGCUGUUGUACAAUAUGAAAUACAAUUAUUUUGACUUCACAGGACCUUUAAAUGUAGGCAAACAAGUUUUCAGCAUUCAAACUAAUCUACCCAGCCAGAUUCAGCACCAUGGACAGUGAAGAUCAGAAUACCUGCGAUCUGACGAUUAGAACAACAGUGCUAUUUUAAGUGAUUUUCAAGACACCCAAAGUCAAUUUAAAUCCACAACAAAAUCUGCAGGAUAAAAAGCAAUAGAAUCAAACAUUCAAAUAAGUAAACAGGCUAUAUUAAAGUGCACUAAACAUAGAGACACAUUAACCAUGGAGAACACUAAACAUGAUGACAGAUUAACCAGGGAAGUGAAUUUAACAGAGGUUAAAGCUAAAACAACAGAAUCUGGGUAAGUCUGUGUGAAGAGGUGUGGCUUUAGUGUGGAUUUGAAUAGUACACAAGUAGGCCUACGCUAUUUUUGGCCUAACUUUUUUUUAAGUGUUAUGUUUUCCCAGAUUCAUAGUGUUAUGCAGCCCAGGCCUAUCUAGGAAGGCUGGGCAUAAAUUGUUUGCUCACAGCAUCACAUGAUGACGUGGGCAACAUAAACACUUAAACUCUGUGGAUUAAAGUUAAUAGUAAUCAAAACUAAUUUCACCACGAAUGGAAGUGCAAUCGAAAUGAAUGAAGAAGACACGGUAAUUCUAGUGAGUUAAUAAAAUGACAAGGUGUUGCCUGUCAGCGUUGUAGACUACUGCCUCACAAGCCCGGGCUUUAGUGGCACUGGCAUACGCGCUUGCCUCUGCACUGAAGGAGCCACCGAACGCGUCCGCGCUGCAGCUCUCACUUUCUCCCGCUACAGUAUGUCCUACAAUGACAUAUUUGGUGGGGAUUGGCAGCCAACAAUAGGAUUGGAUUGGGACUAAAUCAAAGAAUAAAACGAUAUUGAAAUGAAUAUAAUUAACAAAUAUUUCCCAGAAGAUUUUGGGUUCAACCUAAGGCUGACUAGGACAGAUCAAUAAACUUGAUCCGACACAGUAAGUCUACAUGUCAUACUUAAGUAAACCCACAAGAGAGACAAUAUUGCAAAGGCAGGACCAUGUUCGAUGGAAGGCGUAGGGGUAGGCAAUCGAAAACGUUUGACGGGGAAAUGUCUCUCAAUAUUAGCUAGUCCUACUGAGUGGGCAAGUAACCUUUCCCGCGCUCUUCCUAAAAAUACUAUUUGUGAUGUCAUAAAGGUCUAACGUUCCAUGACGUAGCAUAUAGCCCUAAAUUACAGUCCCUGCCUGCAAUAUUGUCCUCACUCUUGACCUGAACUCAACUUGAAUGUAACCAACACAGACAAGGACAUGCUUUUUGAGAUAUAAAAUAGCUUGAAUGUAUGAAGAAAAGGUAAGCUAAAUGACUUCAUACAAUAUUGGGGGAAAGUAAAAUAGGGUAAAGCAAUCUAAGCGGAUAUUUCUUGUAAAAAGCUAUAACAUAUUGUAAAGCAAAUGUACCAUUCUUUAUAAAGUCACCAGCUUAGCUCUGAUAUGGCUGUAGCUCUAUUUAUGAUGUCCUCUGCACAGAUCUACUCUGACAUUGACAUAUUAUUACUUAUUGGAAUGUCUGUCCUUCAGGUAGCACAGAGGGAGGAUGGUGAUCCUCAGAGGGAAGGAAAGGAAGUUGUUGAGGAAGAACCGGUGGCCGCGCCCAAAGAGGAGGCCAAGAAGGGAAGGAAGGCAAAAAGGAAGAGGAGUGGCAAGAAGUCAAGGAAGCUGGGCACUGACAACGAUGCAGUCUCCAGGAAUAAACACCUGGAUAGAGGAUCUGUAAUUGAGCUCCUGGAGAAGAAAGCUGUUAAGGCUGCAUUCGGCCCAGGCAACAAGGAUGAGAUGGAAUACUCCUACCCAAUCCUCAUCUCAUUCCUGCGCAAUCUUACUGAUGAGCAGUGGCAAGUGAUCUACAAAGGACUAAAAAACCCUAUGACGAAGGAACAGCUUGCCAAAUUGUGCAAGACAAUUGUAACCUUCAUCGCACAGACCACCCUGCAGAUCCUGCUGCCAGCCCUGGCCCGCGUACUUGGGGUAAAGGACUUUGUUGACGACGACACUGACUCACCCAAGAGGGGUGGUAGUGCAAGAUCCUUUGCUGCCUUUGAUCAGGAAAGACUGGAGCUCAUCCAGGAAGUUAGAUAUCUGGCGAAGAAAAUGUAUAAGGGCGGCACAGGGGCUCAACAUCUCAGGUCCCUAACACCCUCUUCUAAGAGUUCCCAGACCUCAGUGAAAGUCCACCUGGGAAUGACAGAGGACAGAAUCAUCAAAAGUGUCCAGGAGCAACUGUCUGAUCAUAAUAUCCUGUCCUCUUGCCCACCUGAGCUGACUGUUGGUCUUAUCAAGGUGGUGGUCGAACAGCUUAACUCUGCCCUCUCUGCGACCAUCAGCAGAGCCAUUUCAGGGCGGUCCUCCCCUAUUUCUUCUGGUACCCAGGCCGCUGAACAAAUGGUCAACAUGGUCCAGAAAUGUUUUGAUGAUCACACCACCCCAGAGGACCAGAGCUCUACCUCUGUAUUAGAGUCAUGCAUUCCACCUGCAACAGAAGAAGUGAUGACUGUUAUCGCAGAGAUGGUGGGUGAAUUGGAAAAAGAAGAUCCGGAAUUGGCUAAGGUUUUUCGAGAAGUGGCUGUGAAAGUUAAAAUGUUGGCAUCUGGCAGUGACCUUGUAGUGGAGCACCUGGAUGUUGAAGACUCUCCUGUUCCAGAGGAGCUGAACAUAAUAUGUACAUCUUGCAAAGCAAUGAUGCAAAAUCUUGGCACUCUGUUUAGUGUGAAGUUCAAGACCAAAGCCUCAAAGGCUGUGAGUGAAAUUCUUGUGAGAAGGUUAAUGAGCGAUAUCUCUGGUAUGGUUCAACCUUCUCAUUCAUUUAGUACCACUCCAAGCUUGAUGAAUGCAUCUAGCCCAUCUGACAGGAUCCUUGAUUCUGCGGCCACUGAGCUCAUACAGAUCAAAGUAGAAUCUGAGACAUCAAAAAUAAUUGAUAACUUUGUUGAAGAUGUCAAGGACAUUGUGCAGUAUAUUGAAUUAGAUCAGCCAACAAGCACCCAGAGAGAUACCCAAGUGGGACACUGUACGACAAAGCGGAAACCCUUCCGUGCAGCUCGUAGACUCUGCGAGAGACUUCAGGCAAAGCUGGAGACAUUGUUCCUCAGAAUGGGUGGAGCUCCAGUCCAAGGGGAAGAACUUAUGGAAAAAGCUGACUCCAGUGCUGUGCUUCUGGAGCAUACUGACUCCAGUGAUCUGCCUGUUUCAAUCCUGAGCUUGCCUUCCCCAUGUAGGACUGAAUCCCCUAUAUCAGAACGUAGUUCAUCUUCUUUAUCUGAUGGAUGUGAUUCAACUGACUCUGUAGGAGAGAAAACACCAGAGCAACCUGAAACCAGUAAGAGUGAGGCAAUACUGCAAGUGGUCAACUCAACAGGACUUGGUUCUCUCCGUAAAUGCCAAAGUGAGAACUCUCAACCAUUACUGUCUCUCUGUGAUUCCAACAUGGUGCCCUGCACCAAAGAGGUCUUGUCCCAGAUUGUGACCAUGUAUAGGUCAGAGGUGGCAGAUUUGGAAUGCACAUCAUCUGUUGCAGAGGGUUCCUCUUCCAACUCCCUUGAAGUCUGUGGCUUUUUGGACAGUGUCAUGUCUUAUCUAGAAGACAUGCCUGUGUCUGGUUCUUCAUGGUUGGAAGGAUUGAGAGAUACUCCAGCCUCAGUCAUUGAGAAACUCUCCAGUGAGGAGUUCCAGAUGAACGCUACCAACGAAGUGCGAAAAAUACUGAUCAAAUCAGUCAGUAGCUUUCCCAGCAAAGUCAGUUCCAGCCAGACAGAUUCUCAGAUGUUGCCAGCAAAAUCAACAAUUUCCUUAAGGCAUACAGAUAUAACUGCUUUUGAAAUCGUUGGAUCAAUUACAAAUGACAUGAAGAGCCUUUUCCCACCCACAGAGUCUUCUACUACUCUAUGGCAGGCAGACUCUAUGCUUCAACAGAGUGAUGAGAAAACCUCAGAGUACACUGAGGCCACACCCAAAGGCUCACAGUCUGGUUUGGAAGUAUCUGAGAAGAAGAUCUGGACAACUGCAAAGACUAUUUACCACAAUGUGAAGAAAAAGAUGAGGAAUUAUUUUACAUGGCAAAAUCAAGUCAAAGCAACAACGGCUCAAGCCAAAAAGACCCUCAGCCAUAUUCUGGUUUCAAUUCAGAAAGAGCUGUCAAAAUCUGACCAAACGGUGACUGCGCUUUCACAAAUAGAGAAUGUGGUUGGAAUGAUGCUGAAGGAUGUUGAAAGGGUAAGCAGUGAAUGUGGUGAGGAACUGAUCUAUCAAGCGCCACAGCGUUCUUCCUCCUCGUUGUCAUCCUCAUCUGCCAGAUCAAAGAAGUCAGAGUGGGAAUUUUCACUCCCUGGCACUCCCAUCUCUUCUGAUUUACCAGAGUGUAUUACUCAGCCCAUUGUGAGAUGCUCAGUCAUCGACAUGGGCAAAUCUACUAAGCCAAAAACAUUGGUGUGUGAUGCCAGGGAAAGCAUGUCUGCAAUAGUGGAUACCAUCAUAAAGGAGGUACAUCCAGAGGAAGAAGGGGAGGUUGCAUUCCACCCUGAUCUAACAGCUGCAAUAGCAAGACUGGAGGAGCUCAUAUCUCAGGGUAGGAUUGGUGCUCUCUCACGUGAUCUUACUCACCAAGUCAACCGCAUCAUUUCUGAGAGCAACUUGACCCCUCUGGUUCUGACAGUGGCGGCUGGAAAGAGUGCAUCCGAUACAGUCCUUACUGAGCUGAAGAGGAAUGACAAGACGGUGGGGAAGCCCACAGCUUACAAGCUGGUUCAGCUUUUUGCAGAGGAGUCUGUGAAGCGCCUCUUGCUUCCUAGCCUUGUGCCCUCUACAGCUUCAAUGAGUUUGGCUCAGGGAGUUAGUGUGCCGGCUAGCGUAUCUGAAGAUAGGAUUUCAUGUUCUUUUUCUACAUCAGCAUUUAGUGACACAGUCAGCCUGUUUACCAAAGUAAUGGUAAGCCAGGUCAUGGACUCUGUGGUUUCUGAUGCACAAAGCAGAGGGUCAUCUCCAACCGGAACUGUAACUGAUAUAGGCAGUCUACUGAGUGGUAAGUCCUACCCUCUGCCAUCUUUCUCCGCCAUCAGCAUGACAACAAGUGGGACCUCCAAUGCUGCACGAGGCUUUGAGGCCAACAUAGAUGCUGAGGAAAGGGAUACCAUCAGUUGUUUCGGUGUACCUCAGAGCAUUGUUUGUGAUCAGAAUUCAACCAGCCCGGAUGUUGCCUCGCUUUCAACCCCAUCCACUGACAACUUAGUCGGUGAUGAUGACUUCACCGGCCUCAUCAGCAUGUUAGUGGUGAGACUUCUGUCAAAAAUCCAAACCCAAACUGAUCUGUACCCAACUGACGUCACACGCACGUCACAAGACCUGAUUCCAAAAGUUAUAGCUGCCUUCUGUGCAUGGUCAGGCUGCUCUGAGACCCAAGCUUAUCCCAAGAACCUGAAGAGUCACAAAGUAUACAGCACCGUCUACAAACAUCUGUUGAAGGAGUUUGGCUCAGAGAAAAUACUCCAACUGGCCGUGUCGACUCAGGACUCCACAUUCAAUAGGAUUCUUGUGAAGUCAUUGAGCAAGGAGCUUCUCCACAGUUGUAACGAGGCAUCAAGAGCAGCCUCAAGAACAUCUUUCGAAGCCACCAGGCCAGAAGCUCUUCUCAUGGCUGAAGAUGUGAAGGCUACCAGAGGGAAGCUGUCUUUCCUACAAAGGCUUGCCAGACUGAAAUUCGACUUAAAGCCAUUCAUGAUGGGAAACAAGAAGGAUUCCAAGAAGAAUUCCCGCCAUUCUGAAUCCAAAGACCAGACUACUGCUGAAGAUAUCAUAUUGGCACAUCCUGGACUACCAGAGGGUCUUCCCUCCACCUCUCAACAGGAGAAGCCUCGCAAACGUCCCCUUCUAAUCAGGAUGUUUUCCACCAUCUCCAUAGGCCUAUCCAAGCCAUUCAAACAGUUUUCAAAGCAAGCUUAAUACAACAAUUUCCUCUAAUACAGUAAUAUUUGCAUUGAAUUGAUGGCCUUUGUCUUCUUUUGUGUUGCCCUGUUAACACAUUUGAUUAGAAAAUACAUAGUAUAUUUAGUUUAGUUUAUUAUGCAGUCAUAGUCACGGUGUAGGCUAAACAAAGUAAUGUUGUCCUGAAUAAUGUAUAGAACAUGCACCCCCCACCCACCCACACACAGUGUGAUUCAUUGAACACACACACAUAGUACUUCAGAUAUGUCCCACAACCAACAUUCAACCAGAUAUCAAUGAUUCAGUGUAAAAUACAUGUACUGUAAAAUAAACCGUAUUUAAUUUACAACCAAUAAAAUAAUACAUGAUGCAGGACA